AUUUAUUUUUCAGAUGGUAUAUGAGAUUACCAGGCAUCAAUAUUCGAUUUGUUUUAAUAACAUUGUUAUACUGAACUUACUUAUUUUUGGACCGGAUACCUGAAUGUUUCAAAUAACAGUACUGUUAAACAUAAAACUAAUUUUUUAACGUCCAACUACCCAUAAUGCAUACAUAUACAUCAUCUAUAGAUUAAUAUUAUAUUCAACAACAUGACUUCUCAUAAUAUUUCAAGUUCAACAGUAGAUAAUAUCGUAAAAGCAUUUGCUUUUAUGGUGUUCUUUAACAACAGAAAAAAGACCGUGAUCCUAUCAACACAAAAUUUGAAAGGAAAAAUAUAUGCGUAUAGCUGUAAUAAAACUGUAUGCCAAAAUGUGAUCAGGAUAAAAAGAACUGAAAGUAAAAUCUGCCCUAACAACGCUAAAAGGACUAUAUGUUACCGAAUAAAAAUUAAUUAAAAAUAUUAAAAAGAGGAGACUAGACUUAAAACCACGCACAUAUGGAUGCCGGACCACUGUAUAUAUAAAACAUAGAGAUGCAUGAACAACAUGUUGAUUGCAAAUGGAAAUUUCUGCUACGAUUUUCCUUCAAGAAACUGAUGCUCGUGGUCGUGUUGUUGUUGCUAGUAAAAUAUUUUGAGAUACCUAAAGCAGUGAGAGAAAGCCGAACAGAACUCGGCCAACCAAAAAAAUCAAAUCCCGCUUCCAAUGUUCGAAAGACACGCAAGAAAAACUCUCAAGCAAAAUAUAAAGGAGCUAUAUACAAUACAGCGGACAUGUCCAUGAAACAUCUGGAAACAAAAAAUAUUAACAAAUCAAACAAUCGAAGUGAUGGAGAAAAAAAACUAAAAGAAGCUAAAUACUACGGGAAGGACUACGGAAGUGACUAUAUCAAAACUAAAUAUAUAAUGCAUAAGUUGUUUAAUGAAAAUGGCCAUAAACUGUCAGCGAAAGAACGCGCAGACCUUGUCAAGGAACGAUGUCAAACAUUUCUGGAGGAAAACAAUUUACGACUUAAUCACAAUGCCAAAUAUAAAUUCAAUAGGGAAUUUUUGAGAAGUCACAGUUAUAACUUAACAAUUUGCUACAACUGUAAAGUGGCUUCGACGAACACUAAACGCAUGCUUUACGUUCUUGACCACAAUUUUACUGGUGAUAUCAACAAUCUCACAGUGCCUACGGUGGGAAUAUACGGUAGAAAAUGUUUUAAUAAUUUCCAAGAAAUUAUGUGUGAGAAACAUCUAAUCCGAGUAAUGAUGGUAAGAGAACCACUAGAAAGGCUACUGUCUGCAUAUAGAGAUAGACGUGCUUAUGCGAAGCACUUUAAAGACCCGUCAUUUUCAUUUACAAAAUAUUUGCAACUUAUUUUAGACGAACAAGUGAAAAACAUAAACAGACAUAUUUAUCCGUACUUUGAAAGGUGUCGACCGUGUGAAAUGCAGUAUGACUUUAUUGGUCUCCAAAACCAUUUUCACGAUGAUAUUAGAACUGUGUUGCAGUACAUCGGUGCAAGUGGAAAAGUUGAUAUUCCAAAAAGAAACAAAACGGGUUACACUUCUGAAUCAAGUGAUAGGCUGUUAAAACUAUAUUUUAGAAAAGUUCCAAAUGACAUGUUAAAUAAACUGUGGGAGAAAUAUUACAAAGACUAUUAUAUAUUUGGCUUUCCUUAUCCAUCACAUCUGAUAAACUGAACAGGCUCAAUUUUGUCAAUGUUAUUAAUUUUUAUCAAAUUUCAAUAUUGAGCUGAAUCUUUACAUCAAUCAUUUAAAUAACACCUGGCUUAAUGCAUUAGAAUUUAUUACAACUUUAGUAGAAUUCAGUUUUAUUUUCAACUAGAUAAGAAUAUGAUAACCACCCUACUUGUCACGUAGUUCUUAAUAAUGGAUAGCUCAUUAUAUAACCACAGACUUUUAAAUACCUUGAAAUGGAAAAGGGGUAUAUUCAAAAAAGAUGAGGCUAUGCACAGGUCUUAUGUAAUCGGUACUUUUUUAAAAGAAAGACUUCGUGAGUCUUAUUGGCAGACAUUUAGACGCCUGUGACAAAAUGAGGGAAAAAAUAUUUAUACAGAUUGAGCAAAGAAGUCAGUAAAUUUGUAUUUUCAGAAAAUCGUAUACAUUUACUAGAUUUUCAAGCACGGGAAAUAACAAGUCUUAAACCAUUUUGUAUCAAGACAAUAUUCAGAUAUUGAUCCCUCUACAUUAUCAAUGUUAAAUGUGCAAGUAUCUUCCAUUUUCUACAUGGUUAACUAAAGCUUUUUUUACACAAACACAUAAACUAACUUAAUAUUGCAUUGAGUCGACACUGGCUAUACCUUUGUGAAACUAUUAGUCUAUUAAUGCACAUACUGCUUAGCAUGUCUGAAUACGUGUCGUUCAUGUUUGAUUCCAUAACUCUAUAUAUUAUCAUAAUUAUAGAUCAAAAUUACAAUAAUUCAGAACAAGAGGUACAAAUGGGCUAUGUAACUUGUCUGAAGGUAACCUUGAACAUCUGACAGUGCUUCUGACGAUGUUUGGUCCUUUUUACAGCAGGUCAUGAACGUAACAGUUAUUUAAAGAUUAUUACCACAUUUGACGCCGCGGAAGUGAAAUAAAACCAUUACAUAAAAUAUAAUUUAAUUUGAUAAUACAAGAGUGUAAUAAAGCCUUGGCCUUGACGUUGUUUAAUUACAUGAGACGCUGGGCGAAUUUACGUAGUCUAAAAUAGGUAAAGAAAGAAAAAACUUUAAUCUUUCAACAGGAAAAGCUUACAUGUGAUAAAAUUAUUACAUUUGUGUCUUUCCACAUUGAAUUGAUAAAACUCGUUGGAUAAAAU